AGGCCCUUGCACUUGCCAGGGAAGCGCUUAUUGUACUGAGCCAUCUCCCCGGCCCCUCACCCAGCUUUUGUGGUCAAGAGAGCACCCAUGGAGGAUACAGCUGCUCAGCAGAAACCGGAGAGACCCAGUGUCCGUCUGGAAAAGUUACAGCACUGGGCAAGGCACAGGCAAAGUGGACACCUCUUGGUGCUGGCGGUGAGUCAGCUAUGGCUAGCAGUAGUUGUGGUGCCCUUUGCUGUCUCUGUUGCCUGCCUGAAGUCUGCUUGUCACAUGACCUCACUGCUUCCAGUUACACCUGGAGCCUCAGGUCUCCUCACAGGGAUUGUCACCCUUGAGCUUCGAAGAGCACCUCGACUAUGGAAGGUUCGGGCCAUGAUGAUAUUCAACACCUUCAACCUGAUCUUGGGCUUCAUCGCCCUGGUGAUCGAGAUGAUGAAGACAGCCUUGGGGCCGGCCUCCACUGCCCACUCUCAGCAGGCAGGCUUGCUGGUGCUCGAGCUCAGCGCUGAGGCCUUCACCACAGGAGGAGUGCUGGUCUCAGCAUAUGCCCUAUUGUUGCUGAGUCAGAGAAAGCCAGGAUGCUUCAGGAGCCAGAGUCUGCACUACCAGGAGCUGCAGGAGCUUCGCCUCUGCAUCAUUUUGCCGCCUUUCUGUCCAUCAUUCAUUAUCCCAUUCGCUCCACGCCCGGAUUCCGGCACACACCAACCCUGCAUCGGUGUCCCUUCGACCCAGGUCCUGGCUACGCUAGCAGUGACUACAAGUCCCAGGAUGCCUAGCUACCCCGUGGCCUGCUGGGAAAUAAAGAGCCAUCCCUUCCCUCCGCGGUGGGGGCGCUGUGCAUCUGCUGAGUGACGCGAGG